CAACCCUAGCGUUUCCCUCUCAGUCUCACUCCCUUUCGUGGCUCUUCUGCUUCUGCUCCCGCCGUGGGCUCCGAGAACGCCGCCUUACCUGUCCGAUUCGCCCUUGCCUAAGCGGGCUGCUUCAAUGUCGAGCUCUCGCGCCUGUGCGGAGUGUAACAAAACCUCGUUUUCCCGUGACGAUAUAACUGGCCAGCUGGCAUGUUCUACUUGCGGUGCCAUCCAACCGUUCGAUCAAUUCGACGCCCAAAUCGGCGGAAUCACCGGCAUUCAGGGCACCUUCAUCAGACUUGGAACCACCGGUUCAGGUAGUGUCUACACUUACAAAGAAAGGAAACACUUUGCUGCCAAUAGUUUAAUUGACGAGUUAACUUCUAGGUUAGGCUUAGGUUCCAAGAGCAAUGAGAUUCGAUCCAUGAUUUCUGAUAUCACUGAGGGUGAGUUUGGGCAAGGCAAUUGGUUUUCCGUUUUGAUUGGCUCCUGUGCUUAUGUUGUUAUGCGAAAGGAUGAUCGACCUUUGCCCAUGGCGGAAGUUGCCUCUGCUGUUGGGUGUGAUGUCUAUGAGCUUGGCAGGAUGAUUCUUCGUGUUGUUGAUUUUUUGGAUUUGAGGUCUGAUUUUCCUGAGUUUGAUAUAGUGCAUUCGUUGGAAAGGACUCUCAAGAAUUCACAUUGUUUUGAAGAUGUUGAUGGCAGUAAGCUGGACACGAUGAAGAAGCAGGGUGUGUUCUUGAUACAGUGUGCCGUGAAGUGGUUCUUGAGUACGGGGCGCAGGCCGCUUCCUUUGGUGGUUGCGGUUUUGGUUUUCGUGGCAGAGUUGAAUCAAGUUGAGGUGAGGAUUGAGGAACUAGCUAUGGAGGUUCAUGCUGCGGUUUCCACUUGUCGAGCUAGGUACAAGGAGCUCCUCGAGACGCUGGUGAAGGCUGCGCAAGUGUUGCCAUGGGGAAAGGAUGUUACUACCAAGAACAUAGUUAAGAAUGCGCCAUUUUUGAUUCAAUACAUGGAGAAGAAGUCCAUGGCAAGACCAGGGGAAAAGAGGAAGAGUCUUGAUGAGCUUGGUUUGAAUAUGGAGGAUGUCAUUAAGGAGUGUUUGAGACAAAAUAAUGCGUACACUGAAUCCAGGACUGGUGGCACAAGCUCCCAAAACGAUUCUCAGUAUUUUUCAACGCAAAGUGAUGUUGAGAGACCUGGUAUUGAGGAUGUGGAUAGGAUGGAGAUUUCACCUGAAUGUUUGUCCAUGAUGUAUAGGGAAUUUCUGAAUGAGAAUCCUUCUGCUUAUAAUUCAAGAAGUGGUGAAAAUGCUCAUAAAAGGAGUACGUUCAAAUUUGAUAUUCGGGAUUGCUGGGAGUGGUGGGAGGGGAAAUCAGAGCUGAGCAAAAAGCUUCUACUCAAACAAUUACUAGAGAAGGAUGUUGGAGUGGAUACAAUGCCACCAUCUUUUGUUGCUGGGCAGGUGAAAUGUCGAAUGAGGCGGGAAAGGAUCAAUGCUGCUAAGUUGCGGAUAGAAAAAAUUAUGCACCCCUUAGAUGCCAAUGGUACUGUUAAUUGCAUGGUUGAUCCUGAGAAAAAAAGCAAGAAGAGAAGAGGAAUGGUAGUUGAUGAUGUUGAUUGGGAAGACUUAAUCAUUGAGACCCUUAUUAUUCAUGGAGUAAAGGAGGAGGAAAUUGAGAAGGGCCAUUACAAUACUUUACUGGAUCUCCAUGUGUUUAACUCCGGUACUGUAUGAAAGGUUUAAUGUAGGACGUUUGUGGAGUUCAUGAGAAACCUUGGGUCUGCUGCCAUUUUAUCACCCCUCUUGUUGAAAAUCGUCAAUUAUUAUAUGACAGAGCAUAUAUCAUUUUCCUCCAAUUUUGUGAUAGAGUUUAGGGUAUAAAGACAUUGUAUUCUAUUUGAUUUUAUACAAUCAUGUAUACCUGUUAUUUUGGAUUUGC